CCGCUGCUAAUCCGGAGUGGUCGUUCGACGCGUGUCUUUGGCGAUGUCGCGUCCAUAGAAGGAAAACGAGCGGCUGCGGCGCACAAGUCCUUCUCCGGCCAGGCGCGGCGCAGGAACGAGUUUUGAGAAGCGCUGGGAGAAGCGAAGGCGGCCGAGUGAGCGAGACUGGCCUCCGGGUGCAGUUCCAGGGGCUAUGGGCUGCCGUCGGGGGUUGGGCGCCCUCCUGUUGCUGCCCGCUUUGUUGUUCAGGAGCUCGGCGGAGACGCUCGGUGAUGGAUGUGGGUCUGUAGUCAUCUACCAAGGCAGUGGAACUCUGGCAUCCAAAAACUAUCCUGGCACUUAUCCCAAUAACACUGUCUGUGAAAAGAAAAUUCAGGUACCGCAUGGAAAGCAGCUGAUCUUAAAAAUUGGAGACUUGGAUAUAGAAUCCCAGAAAUGUGACUCUAACUAUCUUGUCAUCUACAGUUCUACAACAGUGCACGGACCUUAUUGUGGCAAUGUGCCCAUCCCAAAAGAGAUCAUCUUAGAUUCUCGUGAAGUAACCAUUCACUUUGAGAGCAGGUCCCACGUGUCCGGCAGGGGCUUUCUCCUGUCCUUCACCAGCAGUGACCAUCCAGAUCUAAUCACAUGUCUGGAGAAAGCAAGCCACUAUGCAGAACUGGAGUAUAGCAGAUACUGUCCACCUGGUUGCAGGGAUAUAGUAGGAGAUAUUUCUGGGAAUAUCAUAGAAGGCUACAGAGACACGUCCUUAUUGUGCAAAUCUGCCAUACACGCUGGAGUAAUUGCAGAUGAACAGGGGGGCCAGAUCAAUAUAGUUCAGUUGAAAGGAAAAAAUCGGUAUCAGGGUAUCUUGGCCAAUGGCAUCCUUUCCCAAGAUGGAUCCCUAUCAAAUAAGCGAUUUAUUUUUAACUCAAAUGGUUGUGACAAAGCACUGAAUUUAGGAGGAGGAGAUGCUUUGAAUGUUCAGAUGACUGCAUCAUCAUCCUGGGAUGAAAUCAGUGAAGUUGGAGAGUUAGUUAAGUGGUCUCCUGAGAAGGCUUGGCUCAAAGUUCCAGGACCCUCUUGGGCAGCAAACCAGAGUAACCAUCGGCAGUGGCUGGAAAUUGACUUGAGAGAGAAAACAAGAAUUACAGGAAUUAGAACUACUGGGUCUACUGUGCUUCAUUUUAAUUAUUACGUUAAGACAUUUAUUGUGAACUGUAAAAAUAACUCAAAAUGGAGGACUUACAAAGGAAUCUUAAGCAAUGAAGAAAAGAUAUUCAAAGCCAACUCAAAUCAUGGAGAUGUAGUUCGGAAUAAUUUUAUUCCCCCUAUAGUAGCUCGCUUUGUGAGAAUUAUUCCUCAGACCUGGCACAAAAGAAUAGCCCUGAAGGUGGAACUUAUUGGUUGUCGUGCAGCCCAAAAUAACAGCUCUCUUACUCAUCCACUCUGGCAGAGACCAAGUCAAAGCACAGGUGUUUCAACUAAAAAAGAUGGCCACUCAAUCACAGAAUCUAUACCUUUAGUUGAAACGCACUUAGGAUUGAAACUUACGGCUAUCAUUAUUCCAAUCUUGGUGGUGCUUUUGCUGUUCCUACUAUCAGGAAUUUGCAUCUCUACUGCAGUGCGAAAAAAAGGAGAGAAAGGUCUUACAUGUGGUUCAUCUGACACUGGAAAACCAAGUUUCUGGAAACAAAUCCAACCGCCCUUUGUCCGUUAUCAGUCUGUGGAAUUCACCAUCACUUACAAUAAUGAAAAGGAGGCACCCAAAAAGCUAGAACUGGUCACAAGUGAGAUAGCAGAUUAUCAACAACCUAUCAUGAUAGGAACUGGGACAGUUACCCGACAGGGAUCUACUUUUAAACCAAUGGAUACAGAGGAUGAAAAGAAAUGUCUCUCAGAGAACAGAAAUCAUUACAACUGCCCACAAAGAAGAAAUCACCAUGAUUAUGCACUGCCUUUGACCAAUCAGGAACCAGAAUACGCCACUCCUAUUAUAGAGCGAAGUACAGGAAUUGAAAAUGCUUUUUCUUCAGAGAAUUGCUACAACGUUCCUACUGUUUCUUCUUUUCCUUCUGGGACUUUUCCUGCCUUAUGCAAGACAGAUGGAAACAGUGGAGAUUAUCAAACACCACAAAACGUUAAAGAGUAUGAUAAGCCUCAAAUUAGUAUCUUGCCCACGGUGGACUGUAAUACUUGCUGUCGAAAGCCGCAAGCCAAAUCCCUGACAAAUGAGGGUUAUUCAACACCUAGAUACGACCUCAAACCAAUAAAUCAGACUGCGGUGACAGCACUUUUAUAAUCUACAGCUCAUGAAAAGUUGAUGAUCCAGGCACAGGAAAGGAUCUAAGAGAAACUAAAUGUGCUUUUGUACAAGGAUACUGAAAUUUCUGCAAAGUGCAAGCGAGUGAUAUGCCAAUUUUUCUUCCUUCCACCAUGAGAAGCCUUCAAAAUGAAGUCCGUGAGCAGUGGAUUCUCUACAGCAGAGUUGUUGGUGCUCCAUUUUAAUAUUGUGCAAUGUGUACAUAUAUUUUUAAUUUAAGAAAAAUAACAGUACGUUUAAUUUGUUGUCUCUUUGUUAAUGAAAACACAGCGCACUGAUCUCUAGGUGGGGCAGUAUUCUAAAUUCAGAUAGUGCAGCUAGUACUCAUUCUUGGAAGUUCUUUCAUAGUUAGAAUGGAUAGUUAAGUAAACAAACAGAUGUAUUUAAAAUUUUUGCACUUCCCACAGAACACAAAUUUUGUACUAAGAAAAAGUGUUUCACAAUUUAUGUAAACUGAGUGAUAGCAGUCCUUUCUUUUUAAUUUAUUCUGGAUAGUCAUGUGGAAGAUAAGGUACAGAACUCCCAUGACUAAAAAAAACUUAAUCAUUCACUCCUCUGAGAUUUCCAUAGGCACUGCCUACAUAUUAGCAAGUAUAUUCACAACUGGUAAGAAUUAGAAAGCUUAUUUUUAAAUGAAAGUUUAGAUUCUCAGGGAAUGGAAUUAGGCACAACUUCAGCGGUAUGUUACAUUUCUGCACUCCCUCAAAAUGUCACAGAAUGUAUAGUGUUGUUAGCAUCUAAACGUGAGUUGCAUAUAUAUUUGGACCUAAUGUUUUUCAUGCUGUUGUAAACAAAAUAUGCUUAUUUCAUCUUUGGAAAACAUGGAAAAAAUAAACUGCCUACCAAGGUUAUGCAAACUGCUGAA